AUGUCAGGACUGACCCUGCGAACUAAGGAGCUUGGUACAGCAUUAGAAGCUUGGCCUGCUGGAUUAUAUGGACUAGGAUCUAUUUUGCUGCUUACACCCUUUGUUUCUCAAUUUAUCAUGCAAGUUCAGUUCUUCCCUCGUGAAUUUAUCACUGGAUUAGCUAUAUUUUGCUGCAUGCCAACAACAUUAUCAAGUGGAGUCAUACUAACACAGCUUGUUGGUGGUAAUUCUGCACUUGCUCUUGCAAUGACAGUUGCAUCCAAUUUACUUGGCAUUAUAAUUGUACCUCUUUCUCUUGCAAGAUAUAUUGGCACUGGAGCUGGGGUGUCUUUGCCUACUGAGAAGUUAUUUAGAAGUCUGGUCACCAGACUUCUAAUCCCUCUUAUUAUAGGGAAGGUUGCUCGAGAAGCCUCAAAAGGUAUUGCUGAUUUUGUUGAUAGAAACCAACAAGGAUUUUCAGUUGGAAAUGCAGUUCUUCUCAGCCUAGUCCCAUGGAUUCAAAUAAGUAGAUCAAGAUCAUUGAUCUUAUCUGUUCAAGUGGAAGCUUUUGCUGCUGCUAUUACUGUUGGAGUGCUUAUACAUCUUGCGCUGUUGGCUUUCAACAUUGCAAUGUUGCAUAUCUUGUCACGUCUUGGAAAGAAAGGGGAUUCAGUCUUUGCAAAGAAAGAGUACACACGAGCUGUCAUUUUGGUGUCCAGUCAGAAAACAUUGCCAGUGAUGAUAACUGUGGUUGAGCAGCUUGGAGGAGCCCUUGGGGAGCCCGGACUUCUAGUCAUCCCUUGUGUUUUUGCACACAUUAACCAGGUUCUCAUUGCAAAGACAUAA